UUUUGCUUCACAGAUUGUUCUGCGCACCACGUACUCGCAGAAACGCGUGCCUUGGAUCACUGGACCCAGACAUAGGGCCCGUGGUGACAGCAAUGGCAGAAGCGGACAUAUACGCGACAUACACACGGCUCGCGGAGACAUUCAAGACAGGCCGCACGAAGAGCUACGAGUGGCGUUUCGCACAGAUCUCAAAUAUCCGCAGGAUGUUGACGGAGAAUCUCUCAGCGGUGGAGCAGGCAAUAAAGGCUGACCUUGGGCGGCCUAAGGCCGAGGCAAUGACUGCUGAAGUAUUUGCAACCGUUGGCGAAAUCGAUUACGCCUUGAAGCAUCUCAAGGAGUGGAUGGCUCCAGAGGCGAAGCCCACACCGCUACUCCAAAAGCCUGGCAGGUCGGUCGUUAUCCGUGAGCCCAAAGGACUUAUCCUGGAUCUGGCGCCUUGGAACUUUCCAAUCAACCUGUCGCUGAGUACCAUGGUGGGCAUCAUCAGCGCUGGCAACUGCUGCGUUCUGAAGCCCUCAGAGGUGAGUCCCAAGUGCGAGCAAUUCCUAAAGGAGUACAUCCCACGCUACUGUGACCCCGACGCGAUCGCUGUGGUGACCGGCGGCGUGGCUGAGUCCCAGUUGCUCUUGAAGCUCAGGUGGGACCACAUCGUUUACACUGGAAACAGCCACGUCGCCAAGGAGAUUCUGGCUGCGGCCGCACAAAAUUUGACGCCGUGUACCCUGGAGUUGGGCGGCAAGUCGCCAACCGUGGUGCUUCCUGGCGCCAACGUGCCCGUGGCCGCCAGAAGAAUACUCGCUGGUAAAUGUAUGAAUGCGGGCCAGAUUUGCAUCGCCCCUGACUACGCCCUGGUUCACGAGGCCGUGGCUGAAGCGCUCGAGGCCGAGCUGAAGAAGAGCAUGCAGGCUUGGUACGGGGAUGACGCACAGCAGUCGGCCAGCUUCGGUCGCAUCAUCAACCAGAGACACUUCCAGCGCGUGAAGGGUUUGGUGGAAUCCGCUGGAGUGGCGGAGGUGUACCAGCAGGGGCGCAUGGACGAGGCUUCCAAGUUCAUACCGCCCACGCUCAUCAAGAACCCAGGCGAAGAUUCGGAUAUUAUGAAGGAUGAGAUUUUCGGACCUGUCUUGCCGUUCAUAACCUGCAGGUCGUUGGACGAGAUCGUCGAGAGAAUCAACUCCAAGGAGAAGCCGCUGGCCCUGUACAUUUUCGGCAGGGAGGCCGACGCCGACGAGAUCAUCAGGCAGACCUCCUCGGGUGGUGUCUGCGUGAACGAUACCAUCUUUCACAUUGCCACCCCGGAGCUGCCCUUCGGCGGCGUGGGAAACAGCGGCAUGGGUUCGUACCACGGCAAGUGGGGCUUUGACGAGUUCUCGCACAAGCGCAGCGUCAUGUACCGCGCCACCUGGGCCGACCCCAGCUUGAGGUACCCGCCGUACACCGACGGCACCGUGCGCCUGCUCGAAAAGGUCAUGGUUGGGCCCCUUUUGCCCGAGGGCGCGGCGCGGCGGCUGCUGUCCGCGGGCGCGGCCCUAGGGGCUGCCGGCGUCUGGCUGGCGGUCAGGCGGUCGCGCCUCUGAGGGCCCUUGCCCCACGCGCACGUCUAUCGAGUAGCUUGUUCGCAACGUCGGAUCUCCGGGCACGGCAGACGCCCACACUGUCGGGGCGCAAGAGACGGGGGUCCAUGCAAACGGGGUAGAUCCCCGACUCUGCCUCAUCCGCCUUGCGCGGGCCGUCGCGCGGAGUCCGGGCACCGGCGUCCACAGAGGCCUGGGGCCGCCGGCGCCUGGCCAGCAGCGGGGCGGCUGCGCCUCCGCGGCUCCCCGCCCCCCCCGGGCGCACGCCAGGCGAGGGCUCGCGUCCUGCCCCCCACACAAACACACACUUUUCGUGUGUGUGUGUGUGAAGUCCGCUCAAAUCAAAAGUAUGUCCUUAUCUACUGCCGACGUCUCGGCUCGGGUACUGGCAAAAGGUAGUCAGUACAGCGCCGCCUGUCCGCGGCGCAUGGGAGAAGGGUUCGCCACCCUCCCCCUUUACAGCCCUCUCCCUACGGGAGAUCCAGUAGAUUCGACUCUUCGGUCGUCAACCCACAUACACACAAUUCACGCACGCCUGGCAACACAACGGCGUGUUGCGCGGGUCACGAGGACGGCACUCGUAACUUUAGGCAAGCGGCCGCCAGCACGCGUAGGUGUUGCGCAGAGUGUCGUGUGGAUUCGAAGCAUCGUGUGCCGAAGCCUGCCCCCGGAUUUUGUGCCUGUGUCAAUAUCUCCUUUCCGCCGUGUGCCAUGGUCAUCG